GGACACGCACUAGACUAGAAUAGUGGGGUUGACACAACCGUCUCAGAUUAGACCGGAGUUUGCUUUUCAAUUAAUUUAUUUGGAAUUCUGCAGUGAAAGCGCCUGCGCCAGCUAACUGUACGUGACGUCAAAACCAACAUGGCGGUCAAGGUGCAAUCCACCAAACGGGCAGACCCGAGCGAAUUGAAGGUUAUCUUUCAGAAGCAUGCCAGUGUGGUGGAUGCAGAUGGCGAGAAGUUGAUGACCCCGGGGGACUUUGUGCAGAAAUACCUGGGCCUGCACACAGAUCCAUCCAACCCCAAAACUGUCCAGCUCAUCGCAGGUGUAGCUGAUACCACCAAGGACGGGCUGAUCUCGUUCCAGGAGUUCUUAGCAUUUGAGUCAGUGCUGUGUGUUCCGGAUGCCCUCUUCAUCGUAGCCUUCCAGCUGUUUGACAAGACUGGCACUGGAGACAUCUCUUUUGAGAAUGUGCGGGACAUCUUCAGCCAGACCACAGUGCACCACCACAUCCCCUUUAACUGGGACUGUGAGUUCAUCCGCCUGCACUUUGGACACGAUCGCAAAAAACGCCUUAGCUACCUCGAGUUCACCCAGUUCCUACAGGAGUUACAGUUGGAACAUGCGCGCCAGGCCUUUGCCCAGAAGGACAAGAACAAAAGCGGCACAAUCUCUGCCAUGGACUUUAGUGACAUCAUGGCCACCAUCCGACACCACGUGCUCACACCGUUCGUGGAGGAAAACCUGGUUUCGGCUGCGGGGGGCAGCACCUCUCACAUGGUCAGCUUCUCCUACUUCAACGCAUUUAACUCUCUCCUAAACAACAUGGAGCUGAUCCGCAAGAUCUACAGCACACUGGCCGGUAGUCGCAAGGAUACACUGGUUACUAAAGAGGAGUUUAUCUUUGCUGCUAACAAGUUUGGCCAGAUCUCUCCCAUGGAGAUUGACAUCCUGUACCAGUUAUCAGGCCUUCACUCCCACUCUGGACGUCUGAACGUUUCUGACAUUGAGAGGAUUGCCCCACUGGAGGAGGGAGCGCUGCCCUAUCACCUGGCUGAGAUACAGAAACAGCAGAGCCAGGGUGAUGGUUCCAGGUCAGUGUUGCUGCAGGUUGCAGAGUCAGCCUACCGUUUCAGCUUGGGCUCAAUUGCUGGAGCUACGGGAGCCACGGCGGUGUAUCCUAUAGACCUGGUUAAGACCAGGAUGCAGAACCAGAGGAGUACAGGCUCGUUCGUAGGAGAACUGAUGUACAAGAACAGCUUUGACUGUGCCAAGAAGGUGCUGCGCUAUGAAGGCUUCUUCGGCUUCUACAGAGGUCUUCUUCCCCAGCUCAUAGGUGUGGCUCCAGAGAAGGCCAUCAAACUCACAGUGAAUGACUUUGUGAGAGAUAAGUUCACCGGUAAAGGCGACACCAUUCCCUUUGCUGCGGAGGUGCUGGCUGGAGCCUGUGCAGGGGGUUCCCAGGUGGUCUUUACUAACCCGCUGGAGAUAGUCAAGAUCAGAUUGCAGGUGGCAGGAGAGAUCACCACAGGACCUAGAAUCAGCGCCCUCAGUGUCAUCCGAGACCUCGGCUUGUUCGGCCUCUACAAGGGUGCUAAAGCGUGUUUCUUGAGAGACAUCCCUUUCUCAGCCAUCUUCUUCCCAGUGUACGCCCACACCAAGGCUCAGUUCGCCGACGAACAGGGAAGACUGGGCGCAUUACAGCUGUUAGCUGCUGGAGCCAUCGGCGGUAUCCCUGCUGCCUCCCUGGUGACGCCUGCUGAUGUCAUCAAGACGCGCCUGCAGGUAGCAGCGAGGGCGGGACAGACCACCUACACUGGAGUCACGGACUGCUUCAGGAAAAUCAUGCAUGAGGAGGGAUUCAGAGCACUGUGGAAGGGAGCUGGAGCUCGUAUGUGUCGAUCCUCUCCUCAGUUUGGGGUGACUCUGGUGACCUAUGAGCUUCUACAGCGGUGGUUAAAUGUGGACUUCGGAGGGCAUCGUCCGUCAGGGUCUGAGCCUACUCCUAAGUCUCGUAUCUCGGAGCUUCCUCCGGUCAGUGCUGACCACGUGGGCGGUUACCGUCUGGCUACGGCCACCUUCGCUGGCGUGGAGAACAAGUUUGGCCUCCACCUGCCCAAGUUCAAGUCCUCUGGAGUGGUCUCCAUUCACCACGAUACCCCUUCUGCCUCCACUCAAGAGGAGGCUGCUGCCCCCUAAAGACUGGGCCUUUAACUACCUGCCUACUCCACUAGGGAAUAUACACUUAGACACACACUCCCAGGGGCCAUGCAAAAUAAAUACAUACUAAUACACACACACUGUUUGUAGGGCCAUUUGACCAGAAAUACACACACACUCCCAGGGUCCAUGUAACCAGACAUACACACAGCUCCCCACUCUUCCCAGGGACUAAUUCAGUGCUCUCUCUCCCUGGUCCUGGAGAGCUGACUGUAGGUCAGUAGUUAAAGCUCAGUCAGUAACCUGAACACUGCACUGUGUUGUACUGUGUUGUAUCUCCAGUGGCUGCAUGCUCCUCUUCUCUCAUCCCUCUUUUCAUCUGAAACGUGUAUUUGAAAAGGAGCCUCGUCUCCCCCCCACACUCCGGUGCACACACACACACACACAUUCCGGUUGCUCACCCCCCCCCACACACACAUUCCGGUUGCUCGCCCCCCCUCCCACACACACACACACGCACAUUCCGGUUGCUCGCCUCUCCCCCACGCUGCGCUCUCACUCUCUGGGGGCUCCUCUCUUCUCAAUAAUAACUGAUUUAGAUUUUCUAGGAUUUCUUUCGGAUGCACAUUGUGUGUAAGGCUACUUUGAUUGGACAGUGUGUAGGGGAUAUUUGAUUGGACAGCGUGUGUAAGGCUUUACUCUGAUUGGGCCUUGCACAGGGAAGUUACUGUACAUAUUGUAGAUCUGCUGUACAGAGAUGUGACACUGCUGGAAAGGAAUUGUUACUGUAAGGUUGGGCAAUGUUAUGGUAACAUUAGAGCAACACCAUGAGGAUAAUGAGAGAAACAUUUUGGUUACCGAAAUGUUGCAGUAAUGUUAGAAAGCAACGUGACUAACGUCGGAGUGACGUUACUGUUAUGUUAGAAUGACGUUGGGACUCUGUCUCUUGAGAAUCACAGAUGUACAGACCUUUUCAACAUAAGUGUUUAUUGAGGAGAAUCAUGAGCAAAUGAUUAGAUAACUUAAAUCCAUUUCAAUUCAUUGUGUAUUUUAUUGAAAUAAAUCAAGCAUAUGUAUGGUUUUCAUUCUA